CAGACAAAACGCAACAAAACUGGGACUGUUUUCGUGAACAGCGACAAGUCCUGUCCCCUGGCGGAAGAGUCUCUGAGGUUUGUCCGUGUUUUUGUCGACAGAGUUCGCUCUAUGGGUAAACACGACGCCAACUGCGACAGCCAUGUGGAUAUUUUGUGUAAUGUAUUCCUUUCGUGCAUUAAUCUAUUGAAGCGUUGGUUAUUUAGUUUUACUCAGAUUAUCCUGUAGAUGUCACAAAUGACGGUUAUUGUUUGUCUUUGUUGAAUUAAGGCAGUAGACUGAAAAAUGAGUGGUAGAAAGUGUAAUAAAAACUUUCAUGAACUGAAGUUCGAUCUAGUAAAAGUAAAUGACAAGCACGCUGCAAAAUGUACGUUAUGUGGAUAUAUUCUAAAAAAUACCGGUGCCGGAAGACUGCAAGGCCACAGAAAUAUUUGCAAUCAAAGUUCUAAUGAAAAGAUCAACGCUAAUAACCAAGAUGAAAUUAAAACAGAAGAACAAUCGAAUCCAUAUGACUGUGGCGCUACUGGCAGUGGUGUAAACAUGAGUGUUAAAAAAGGAAAGAAACAAUGGACGGUGGAAGAAUGCAGCAAUUUAAUAGAAGCCUAUCGACAGCACCCAAAUUUAUGGAACACCUCUCAUGUAAACUACAAAAACCGACUGAAGAAGUAUUGUUCUCUUAAGGAAAUAGCCGAAUUAUUUGGGACAAACUAUGAAGAAAUUGAAAGGAAAUUAAAAAACAUCAUUAGCCAGUAUCAACGAGAAAGAAGAACUUAUAAAAAACUAAAAAAAUCUGGAUUUGGGCACGUUUUCAAACCUAAAUGGUUUGGUUACGCGUCCAUGUGUUUUUUACAACAGAAAAACAAACCUAUUAAUGACAGUCAAAUUGGACUGGAUUUUGAGGGUAGCAGUUCAUCAAGUAGUGAAGACAGUGAUGCCAAUGAGGGUGAAACGUGUGAAUUAGAUCGGAAUAUUUUGGACGUUCAACUCAAGGUUGAACCUUUGGAACAGUACACAGAAGAAGAGUCUGAGUCACAAAAAACUGAAGAAAUAUCACAAAUAGAUACAAAGGAACGAAGAACAAGUAGUCAACCUUUAUAUUCUGCACCGAACAUUGUUAAGAAACCUUCAAAACUCGCAGAUUCUAGUAAUAUGAGCAGUAUUUCUGAGGAUACAUUCAAUAUGAUUAAAUCGGUAUAUCAGGAAGCACAGAGAGCAGAACUACGUGAUAAAUACACAAUAUUUGGUGAACUAGUAAGCCAUACGAUACGAAAUUUAAAAACCAAUUUUUCAAAAGCUACUGUGGAACAUCUAAUAAGCAAUAUUUUAUAUCAGGCCCAAAUUGGAGCAUAUGAUUAUCCACAACAUUCGUCUGUACCUUGUUCGUAUACUACUCCAUCUUCCAGCCAUAGAGUUCCAUCACCUCAUUAUACUGCAGAAACUCAUACUGAUAAUCCAACAACAGUAACUAGUGAUAUAUAGGGCUGGGCAUUUAAAACACAUUUAGUAUAGAUACAUGACAUAAUCGAAUGAAUUUGCGUUAAUUUUUACCUGUUUCAUAUAGAAAUAAAUGUUUGUUUUUUUUUUA